AUGCCGCUUUUUCGCACGCCGCCGCUGGCGCCACUCGAGAGCAACGACUGCUCUCCCCUCUCAGCGUUGGCGGCGGUGAAGGCGGAGGCGCGCGUGAUGGCGGAGGCGGAGGGUCUGCGAUUGCACCUCUCCAGCGGCACCAGCACUGGCUACAAGGGUGUCUACAAACGAUCUGGCCGGUUUGAGGCCGUGUUCAUUGGCGUCAGGGGCGACAUCCACGUUGGUGUCUUUGACACAGCUCUGACGGCGGCAGUGGCAUAUGCGCGGGCUUGCGUGGCGGCGGCGGAGGCGGAGGCGGCGGUGGCGGCGGCGGCGGCGCAGCCGGUGUCGGAGGCGGACGGUCUUCGCUUGCACCUGUUCGACAAGAACCCGACCGGUUACAAGGGCGUGCGCACAAGCGACUCUGGCCGCUUCGAGGCGCGGCGAAAGGUGGACGGAAGGUAUGUUUCCCUCGGCCACUUUGACACGGCGCUGGAGGCAGCGGUGGCGUACGCGCGGGCGGUGGCGGAGGCGGAGGCGGAGGAGAGCGGCGGCCCGGCGCCAAAGGUCGUCCUCAAGCUUGCGGGCUUCGAGGAGUGGGCGGCGGCGCGUGCGUCGCGCGCGAAGCCCAAGGCGAAGCCCAAGGCGAGCCCCAAGGCGAAGGAGUCGCCAAAGGCGCGCAUGUUUGCGAACGUCCGGGACGCCGCAGUGCCGGUCGCAGUGCCGAGCGGCGGUCUCCCGGCUCUGCGGGCCACCACGCGGGCGCGCCUCUGGACCUUCCCGGCGCUCGGGCACCGCUUCGGCCCGCCCGAGCAGGCAGCGAGGGUGCUCGUCAGCCCGGCCGGCGAGCCCUUCCGCACGGCUGCCGCUGCGGCCGAGGCCGGCCGCGUGGAGGUCGAGACGGUGGCGGAGGAGGCGGAGGCGGCUGGCGAGGCGGAGGGCGAGGAGGAGGAGGAGGAGGAGGAGGCGGAGGCGGCUGGCGAGGCGGAGGGCGAGGAGGAGGAGGAGGAGGCGGAGGCGGAGGCGGCUGGCGAGGCGGAGGGCGAGGAGGAGGAGGAGGAGGAGGAGGCGGAGGCGGAGGCGGCGGGCUCAGCGGACAACACUACCGCCUCGCCGCAACAGACGCCGCCUCCGCCGCACAGGGAGGCUGCACCCGCCGCGCCGCUCGUGACAGAGGCGGAGGGGCUGCGCUUGCACCUCUCGAGCAGCAACAGCACCGGGUACAAGGGCGUGUGGGAGGGAGGGAGGUACUCCUGCCGCUUUUGCGGCGCUGGCAAGCUGCAGCCUGCCUCCAAGUGCCCCUGCUACGGAGGCCGUUCGCUCGCGGCGGAGGAGGAAGGGGAGGCGGAGGCGGAGCCGGGGGAGGCUGUCGGGGGCCUGCAACUCCACCGGUCCAGCCGCAGCAGGACCGGUUUCAAGGGCGUGAUCUGGCAAGACGGCAUGGCAAAACGGCCAUUCACUGCGCAGCGCUAUGAGGGCAAAAGAGCCACCUACCUCGGCUCGUUCGGCACAGCGGUGGAGGCGGCGGUGGCGUACGCGCGCGCGGAGGCGGAGGCGGAGGCGGAGGCGGAGGCGGAGGCGGAGGCGGAGGCGGAGGCGGAGGCGGAGGACCCUUCCCUCCGCUGCGAGGAGGCGCCGGCGGAGCGCCGUUGCAGCAACGUGCUCGACUCCCAGGGCGGCGCGUUUGGGUGCCUGCUGCCCGCGGGCCACGCAGGCGCGCACGAGUUCGCGCAGCCGGCCAAGCGCGCGCGGAAGAGCUCGUGGAAGGCGGCGGAGGGGAGGCGGUCGGAGCCAAAGGGGCAGGGCGGCGUCUCGCGGAACGGGCCGGCGUGGACGGAGCAGGAGGGCGCGCAGCUCAUGCAGCUGGUGAGCGUGCACGGCCGCAAGUGGAAGGUCAUCGCCGAGUCGAUACCCAACCGGACGCACGACGCGCUGAAAAACCGGUACGAGCGGCUUCUCAAGCUGACCGAGAACGGCGGCUCGCGGGCAAACGGGCACGCGGCGAGCGAGUCUGCGGACGGGAAGCAGCACAUCCCGCCGGGGGCGAUCUUCGUGCCCGCGUCGGCGGAUGACAUGAACCUGUGA